UUUUGAAAACAGUCGCCUUGGGUCAGAUGCUUUCCUUAUUUAUCUGUGGGACUGCUGUGACAAGCCAAUAUUUAGCAGAACAGUACAAAGUCAACACUCCAAUGCUCCAAAGCUUUACCAACUAUUGUUUGCUUCUUCUAGUUUAUACAACGAUGUUGGCACUUAGGACUGACAAUGAAAGCUUUCUACAGAUUCUGAAGAGGAGAUGGUGGAAAUAUAUUUUGUUGGGAUUAGCUGAUGUUGAAGCGAAUUAUAUGAUUGUAAAGGCUUACCAAUACACAACCCUAACAAGUGUUCAGCUACUAGACUGUUUUGGGAUCCCUGUGUUGAUGGCUUUGUCCUGGUUCAUUCUUCGUGCAAGAUACAGACUGAUCCACUUUAUUGCUGUUGCUGUCUGUCUUCUGGGUGUAGGAACUAUGGUCGGAGCAGACAUAUUAGCUGGGAGGCAGGAGGGUGAAGACUCCCGACGUGAUGUUGAAGUCACAGGAUGCUCUUCUACCUGUACUUCUUGUCCUGCAAAACGAAGUAACGUGGUGAUUGGAGAUGUCUUAGUUCUUCUUGGUGCUUCUUUGUAUGCCAUUUCUAAUGUGAGUGAGGAGUACAUUGUGAAAAAUCUGAGCAGAGUGGAGUUUCUAGGAAUGGUGGGCUUGUUUGGGACCAUUAUCAGCGCUCUACAGCUAGCCAUUGUGGAAUACAGGGACAUAGCUAGAAUUCAGUGGAACUGGAAGAUUGCGUUGCUUUUCAUGGCUUUUGCCCUGUGUAUGUUUGGGCUGUACAGCUUCAUGCCAGUAGUGAUUAAAGUGACCAGUGCCACUUCAGUCAACCUGGGCAUCUUGACAGCUGAUCUCUACAGUCUUUUCUUUGGACUCUUCCUGUUUUGCUACAAGUUUUCAGGUCUCUACAUCCUUUCCUUCAUCGUUAUCAUGGUGGGCUUUGUUCUUUAUUGUUCUACUUCAACUUGGACUGCAGAAACCGUCUCUACCAGCUUGCCCCAACCAGCCAGUACUGGGCUAGAUAACCUUGGACUAAAACUGGAGGAAGAUGACCAGGAACCCCCUGCUGCAAGCGUCCAGGUCACUCAAGAAGAAAACGGGGUGGUAAAUUCCAGUUAGAAAAUCAGCAGUGUUUCAAGCAGAAGCCUCUCUACUGCCAGAAUUUUCCCUCAGAUAUCAAUAUGGAGAACUGCCUGGUUGCGAAGAGUGUGUAUCAUGCUGCAUUUGUUUUAAUACUCUGAAUGGACGUUAAGAUAUUUAAAAGCCAGAUGUUCAAUCAGAAAAGCAAUAUUGAUUUACUCUAACAGAAUAUCUGUCCCUAAAAGAGAAACAGAAAAACAUUUUAAGUGGAAAGUGCCUCUGGGAAGUGAUAGAACUAUGUAUUCAGGAAGUUUGGUUAAUUUAACAGCAAAUGUUUGGGGAAAAAAUGAAGCCAAAGCAAACUCUUAGGUCACUUGCUGGAGUAGGUAUACGUUAUUUUUCCUCAAGGGUGCUGAGUGUCUGCUUGUCCCAUUCAUAUUAGUGUUGGUUGUCCUCAAAAUCUUCUUUGAAAGAGACCCUUAGCACUUUCUGGGGUCUAGCAGUGCAUGCAAUAAUACCUGCCAGUUGAUGGAGGACUUCAUCUCUCUCUUGGAGCUAUUGGGCAAUAGUACUAACCCCCCAGAAAAACAUAAAGUGCAUCUAACAGUGUAGUGGAUGACAUUUCUGCCUCCCCUUAUUAACCCUUUCUCUGGAGCAACUGGUACUGGCCAGAAAAUAAGACGCUUGUUUUGAAAAAAAUAAGGUUUUACCAUUUUGUUUUCAUUCCACUUCAGAAUGAAAAUGAGACCUUUCCUCAUUUUUCAUAGGGUAUCACAUAGAGGAAGAGCGAAGCGCCCUGCAACACAGCUCCCAAAAUACCCCAUAGGCCAUUUAUUAGCUCAGUUGGAAUGUCAGAGACAUUUUCAGUGCUCCACUGUACCUGGAUCCGGGCAAAUUGGGGUAAGCGCUCUAUUGAGGAACAGCACGGACUUGGAACCUCAAGCCUCUCUCAGAAAAAUCCAUUCUAGACCCAAGGAAAACCUUCCCAACUAAGUUGUUAUUGAAAUAGAUAUAUUUAUGCAAAAAGCUUUGCUCCUGACUAAACUGACAGCAAACAUGUAGUUGGGAAAUACCCAGCCAGCUCUUGUAACAACAGCUUUAGUUAAUUGUUAAUGACUUUUGCGAGACUAAUUUGUAUCUUUCCUACAUACGUGCCAUUUUUAAAAAUUAUUAACCAAUGAUUAAAAGUGAUGUGCCACUCUAUGAAACUGAAGCUUUGACAUGGUUUAUCUACUCCAGGGGCAGACCUUUAGCUGGUGCACAUGUGAUUAGCUCAGUUCAAGAGAGGGAAGUGACAUGAAUUUGCAAUAGCUGAAGAGCUGGCUCUGAAGUUGUUUUUCCUGUUGGAAUUUCACCUAUUUUAAAGAUCAUUUUUUUUAUAAUUUUACUGACCAGACUUACUUUUAACCUCCAAGUUUUGCCUUAGAUUUAUCUAAUAAGUAGCUGAUUAUCAAAUGAAAAAAUGUUUUUGUAUUCUUGUAGUUUAUUUAAGCAAAAUGAUUUCUAACCCAGUAUUUUUUAGAAACCACAAAAUAAAUAGUCAAGAUAUAUCAAGGUGACACUCUUAAUUAGUCAUGCACAUGAGGAUUAAA